AUUGGCCGCCGCGCGCCCCGCCCCGCCCGGGAUCCCGGGAGCUGUCCCGACGCCUCGGUGCUGAUCCCGCCGCCGCCCACUGGCCGCGAGCUGCUGAGAGGGCACUAUGAGCGGGGGCGUCUACGGCGGAGAUGAGGUGGGGGCGCUGGUCUUUGACAUUGGCUCCUUCUCAGUCCGCGCUGGGUACGCUGGGGAGGACUGCCCCAAGGCUGACUUCCCCACCACGGUGGGGCUGCUGGCCGCGGAGGAGGGGGGCGGGCUGGAGCUGGAGGGGGAAAAAGAGAAGAAAGGGAAGAUAUUCCACAUAGACACCAACGCCCUGCACGUGCCUCGGGAUGGAGCGGAGGUCAUGUCACCCCUCAAGAACGGCAUGAUCGAGGACUGGGAGUGCUUCCGCGCCAUCCUGGAUCACACCUACAGCAAACACGUCAAGUCUGAGCCAAAUCUGCACCCAGUGCUCAUGUCUGAGGCGCCGUGGAACACACGGGCCAAGCGGGAGAAGCUGACAGAGCUGAUGUUUGAGCAGUACAACAUUCCUGCCUUCUUCUUAUGCAAGACGGCAGUACUCACCGCCUUUGCAAACGGACGCUCCACGGGCCUUGUGCUGGACAGUGGGGCCACCCACACCACGGCCAUUCCAGUGCAUGAUGGCUACGUUCUGCAGCAAGGCAUUGUCAAGUCACCCCUGGCUGGGGACUUCAUCUCCAUGCAGUGCCGGGAGCUCUUCCAGGAAAUGGCCAUUGACAUCAUUCCACCUUACAUGAUCGCAGCCAAGGAACCUGUACGGGAGGGUGCCCCCCCGAACUGGAAGAAGAAGGAGAAGCUACCCCAGGUUUCCAAGUCCUGGCAUAACUACAUGUGCAACGAGGUGAUCCAGGAUUUCCAGGCCUCUGUGCUGCAGGUCUCUGACUCUCCUUAUGAUGAGCAGGUGGCUGCACAGAUGCCCACAGUGCAUUAUGAAAUGCCCAAUGGCUACAACACAGACUAUGGCGCUGAGCGGCUCCGUAUCCCUGAGGGCCUGUUUGAUCCUUCAAACGUCAAGGGCCUGUCGGGGAACACCAUGUUGGGCGUGGGCCACGUGGUGACUACCAGCAUCGGCAUGUGCGACAUUGACAUCCGCCCGGGCCUCUACGGCAGUGUCAUUGUCACCGGCGGGAACACACUGCUUCAGGGCUUCACUGACAGGCUUAAUAGAGAGCUUUCCCAGAAGACCCCACCGCCCUCUUUUUCCUCAGAGCAUGCGACUGAAGCUCAUCGCCAGCAACAGCACCAUGGAACGCAAGUUUAGCCCCUGGAUUGGAGGUUCCAUCUUGGCCUCACUGGGCACUUUCCAGCAGAUGUGGAUCUCCAAGCAGGAAUAUGAGGAGGGCGGGAAGCAGUGCGUGGAGAGGAAGUGCCCCUGAGGGCGGCCCCUCCCCA